CAGACGUGUGUAACCAGUGGUCCUAAUUUAGUCCGGUUAGGAACGGAUGCCUUUUCGAGAGGAAAAAAAACUGACCGGGUUUAUUUUUUAUUUUUUAUAAAUUUUGUCCCGAGUCUGGCACGGUUCUAGUCGAAGAAUCUGGAAAGAGACGCAGCGAAUCAGUAGUCAUGUCUGGCAUUGCUCUCAGUCGACUGGCACAAGAGCGUAAAGCAUGGAGGAAAGACCACCCUUUUGGCUUUGUUGCUGUGCCAACCAAGAAUCCUGAUGGUACGAUGAAUCUGAUGAACUGGGAAUGUGCCAUUCCAGGGAAAAAGGGGACUCCUUGGGAGGGCGGUCUGUUUAAGUUAAGGAUGCUGUUCAAAGAUGACUACCCGUCAUCACCACCGAAAUGUAAAUUCGAGCCUCCUCUGUUUCAUCCUAAUGUGUACCCAUCAGGAACCGUCUGUCUCUCCAUUCUAGAGGAGGACAAAGAUUGGAGACCUGCUAUCACAAUCAAACAGAUUUUGUUGGGCAUCCAGGAGCUUUUAAAUGAGCCUAACAUUCAGGAUCCAGCCCAGGCUGAGGCCUAUACCAUAUACUGUCAGAACAGAGUGGAGUAUGAGAAGAGAGUCCGAGCACAAGCCAAAAAAUUCUCACCCUCGUAGACGUGGUGGAAGGAUGGAUAAAUGGAGGGAGUGUGUCAACACAUUUUUUUUUUUUUUUUCUUUUCUCGUUCCCUCUCUCUCUCUCUCCUUUUUGGCUGGGACUGAAACGACUCAACACAAUGUCUGUGCCAUCUGUCCUGAACUCCUCAGGCACCACCUCCGAUCGUGAUGUCACACAAACAACCCCAACUCUGAAAAGCCUCCGCAGAACAGUCCCCGCCCUCCGCUUUCUUACUGGCCAAACCCCACAAAUCAAAACGGGCUUUAUUUUUUCAGUUGAAACAAAUAUCUAGUGACUCUCUUUGGAUUGAAAUUCUUAACUUUCUGUGCAGGUGGUGUGAAUGAGAAUGUGAGUGUGUAUGUUUGAUCUUAUUUUAAUGUUGAAUUUCCCUUCCUUGGUCAUUUUUCUUCAUGACUCUGUGUGUACGCGAGUAAAUGAGGGCAUGAGUGAGCGAGUGUAUGUUUAUGUUUAGUAGCUCUGGUCAGAUUGGAUGAUCUCUACCAUGUAAAACUGUGUGAAUGAGUGCAACAGUGCCUCGUGAUGUGCAACUGCUGAGACCAGAUUUGCUCAUGCCUAGCUUACUUGAUCUUGGUUGUUUAAGCUGUUCAUUCACCAUAGAAUUAGCUCUUGGAGUUAAUUAGGCACCCAGAAAUUCGGCUGUGUCAGGAUGUACUAAGUGGCUGGCACUUUGAAGCAUGCUCAUGCUGGUAAAAGUAAUGACUAAUUGCGAAUUUUGGAUCAUCGUAGGGUCAAACUACUCUGAUUCACCCAGAUAGCUUUUGUUUGUUUUGUUUGUUAAUGAUGGGAACAUAUGUCCUGCGCUCUUUGUUGGUUUAAUAAAACUCUUUCUAUAAAAACAACCUGCCUCAA